CACAUCUCUAUGUGCUUCUCGUGCCUUGUUCAUUACUUUAUAACUAAUAAGUUCACCUUUAUAGUUAUAUACCUCUUCUCUCAUGUGAUUCCAUUUUUUCUCCUUCAAUCCUCAUUGUUCUGUAUACUUGUUCAUUAGAAGUGACAAAACUUGAUCAAAUUAAUUAUUAACCUUAUAAACUGAGAUGAUGCCCCCUGAGCAAGAAACUAAUACUAAUAUUAAUGCACCAAAUAUCUCUCCAAUCACAAACAGAACAGAGAGUAGUUCCAUCCAUGGCGAGGCAGAAGGUUCUUUUUCUAAUAAAGUCAAACCAAGUUUGGAUGAUCAUAACGCCAUUCCUUCACGCACAACUACAGUACCACUAACAUCAUUUUCUAUUCUUCCUCAAUCUUUGCGUCCCGUUACCCUCAAAUUUGAAGAUGUUUCGUACAGCAUAACGCUCACAAACCAAAAGAAUAAGGGUUGCGUUUUGGGAAAAGAGCCAAAGGUAACAAGGAAAGUACUAAACGGAGUCACCGGAAUAGCUAAACCCGGCGAGUUAACGGCAAUGCUAGGUCCCUCAGGGAGCGGAAAAACAACUCUACUAACCGCCCUUGCUGGAAGACUAACCGGAAAAGUCUCCGGCACAAUAACAUACAACGGAAACUCAGACUCAAGCUGCAUGAAACGUAAAAUAGGGUUUGUUUCUCAAGACGACGUCGUUUACCCUCACCUAACGGUUUUGGAAACGCUAACCUACACUGCUCUGUUAAGGCUUCCGAAAACUCUUACACGAGAAGAGAAAGUGGAACACGCGGAGAGGAUAAUCACGGAGCUUGGCCUUACACGGUGUCGAAACAGUCCCGUCGGAGGGUGUUUAGGUCUUUUCCGGGGAAUCUCCGGUGGGGAGAGGAAACGGAUGAGUAUUGGACAGGAGAUGUUGGUGAACCCGAGUUUGUUGUUUUUGGAUGAACCCACUUCCGGUUUGGACUCGACCACGGCUCAACUCAUUGUUUCGGUUCUUAGGAGACUUGCCCGGUCCGGUCGAACCGUUGUGACUACUAUUCAUCAGCCCUCGAGCCGGUUGUAUAGGAUGUUUGAUAAAGUGGUGGUUCUUUCUGAUGGGUACCCGAUAUAUAGUGGUGAUGCGGGUCGGGUCAUGGAUUAUCUUGGAUUCGUUGGGUUUGUUCCGGGUUAUAACUUUGUUAACCCUGCUGAUUUUCUCCUUGACCUUGCAAAUGGCAUAGUUGCUGACGUGCAACAUGAUGAUGAGAUAGAGCACCAUGAUCAAGAUCAAGCUUCAGUUAAACAGUCACUAAUUUCAUCCUAUAAGAAAAUCUUAUACUCUGCUCUUAAAGAUGAUAUUCAGCACACUAAUACUGAACCAUCGGUUUUUCCAUCAGGAGGAACUCCUAAACGUUGUUCUGAUAACCAAUGGAACACUAGCUGGUGGGAGCAAUUCAAGGUUCUGCUUAAAAGGGGUCUAAGAGAGAGGAGGCAUGAAUCUUUUUCUGGCUUAAAGAUUUUCCAAGUCUUAUCUGUAUCCAUUCUCUCGGGACUCCUCUGGUGGCACUCUGAUCCCUCACACAUACAAGAUCAGGUAGGACUUCUAUUCUUCUUCUCCAUCUUCUGGGGAUUCUUCCCUCUAUUCAAUGCAAUCUUUGCAUUUCCAUUAGAAAGGCCAAUGCUAACAAAAGAAAGAUCAUCAGGAAUGUACCAUCUCUCCUCCUACUAUGUUGCUAGAAUGGUGGGAGACUUACCAAUGGAGCUUGUUCUUCCAACUAUUUUUGUAACCAUCACCUACUGGAUGGGUGGUCUCAAACCUUCCCUCAUUACAUUUGUCUUAACCCUUUUAAUCAUGCUUUUCAAUGUUCUAGUCUCUCAAGGAAUAGGCCUAGCACUCGGUGCGAUUCUCAUGGAUGUUAAGCAAGCCACAACUCUAGCUUCAGUGACAAUGUUGGUUUUUCUGUUAGCUGGUGGUUACUACAUUCAAAAAAUGCCUUCUUUUAUAGCAUGGUUAAAAUAUAUUUCUUUCAGUCACUACUGUUAUAAGUUGCUGGUGGGGGUGCAGUACUCAGUAAGUGAGGUGUAUGAGUGUAGACAAGGGUUGCAUUGUAGGGUAAGAGAUUUUCCAGCUAUAAAGUGUUUGGAGAUUGAUAAUAUGUGGGUUGAUGUGGCUGCAUUGACUAUAAUGUUUAUUGGAUUCAGAGUUGUGGCUUAUCUAGCUUUAAGGAUGGGUCAGCUUCACUGACUAAGGACUUAAAAUGGAUUAAUUAGAGAUCUUAUUAUUGAUUUUCAAGAUUGGUUGUUUCAAUUUGAAUUUCUGCCUUAGUUAAAAUAGUAAUUCAAUUGUAAGGGGAAUAUCUUAUAAUUCCUUGUGAAUAAUUGACAUGAAAUGAAACAAUCAAAGUUUGUAGAAAUUUAGUCCAAAUUCUUUAUGGAGAAAAAAUUAGAUGUGUCAGUUAAACUUCAUCUGAUGUUUUAGUCUAUUAUUGAAAAUCAUGUAUUCCUUUCCUUAGUAAAUGCAUAUUCUCUUACUAUUAUGUAAUUUGUCUGUUUAUCUAUUAGACCAAAGAAUUUGUGUCUA